AUAGCACGGGCGAGAUCACCUGCGCAGCAUCCCUUCGUACGCUUCUCCAGAUCACAUCUCGCGGAAAGUAAUGAUUAUUUCGGUCCGCGGGCUAGUUCCCCGAACUCCCGUCGCGGCGCUGCGCUUAUAGUGGGACGUCAAUUUACACCUCCGUUUGGUGGCGAGUUAAAACGUAAUUUUAGUUUUGGGAAAAUUGAAAAAACUAAAGCGCAGUGCGUGCAGUGUUUUCGCGGCAAAAUCCGGUAGUGUUCCACAUUCGAAAUAUCAAUCCGGCUCGCCUGGACAUCAUCCACCAUUACGCUAGUGAUUUUUAAUAUUAAUAUGGAGGACAGAUUCGGGAUCGGUUUUUAGUGACGUUAUAAGUGCUUGUUGAGAUGUGUACGAUGACCGUUUACGUGUACCGCACUUUAGAUACUGUGCUGUGCGAGAUAAAAAAGCACGACACUCCCUAGGACUGUUGGUUGGCAUAUCGACAAUAAGUGGAAAAUGCAAUAUUCGCUGAUACGUACGAGCGGUCCGAGGGGCCACGAGGAAUAUUGAGACACUAAUGGCGUUGGGCAAUCUUCUUCUGCUUCUACUGGUGCUCGCGAUAGUCUGCGCCGACCGAAAUGAGGUCGAAUCAAAAGAUAAAGCUGAGAAAGCCGUGGAGACGAAAACGGAUCAGAGACCCAGGUCGGCCAUGCCCGAUCCCGUCCGGGGAUCCUUCGACAAGCUCAACAGGAUGCUGAAUAGAACAGAAGACAGAAAGAACAGGCGACGCAAGGUGGACUUCACGAAAAUAUACACAGAACUCCACCGUACUAAAACGCAAAAUGACGAUAUACAGAACGACAAUAACAAUAAUGAUGUCGCGAUAGCUACGAAUCAGAAAACUAUGGGCAACGAUAAUGAAACUAGUUCUUUGACGACUAAAAUGAAGGAAUUAAGACCUGAUGGUCCUAAUUAUGAGGCUCACGAGAAUACAGACGUUCCUCAUGUUACAGGAGUUUACUGUGAUUUUGAGCCACACAAUGCCUCUGAUAGUUGUAUGUGGCAGUGGAAUACUACGUUGUCUGAUCAUGGCUUAGGAUUCAAGAUCAUGACUGCGGCAGAAGUGACGAGAAUGAAUGAGACUAUCGGGAUGAAGUUCUCUGGACCGCCAGUGGAUGCGGAUGAGAAGAGAAAUGGUCACUUUCUCUACCUCCCCGUUGAUCCCACGAUGGAGAAUAUGGUGGUGAAAUCACCACCAUUCCGAGGACUGUGGGAGUUCUGUAAGUUCGAAGCUCGCCUCCACCAGAGCAAGAUGCAGAACGCCAGCAUCCGUCUGGUCUCCGAGUCCACCGUCUCCGGCGUCCAGUGGAUCCUCCAGGAGGUGUCCGGAAACAACGUGGAACGGUGGCUCCCCAUGCGGUUCAUGAUCGGCAAAGUCCAGCAGGAGGUGCGCAUCAUCGUCGAGAUAACCCGACCGAAUUACGUCAACCUCUCGCAGACGUUGCCGCACAUAGCGAUAGACAACAUCCGCAUGGUGGAAUGUCUGCCCGAACCGCCGGUGUUCAAUGGAGAAUGCCAGAAUGGGCAGUUGAAAUGUAAUAUUAUGAAGAAGGAGUCGUGCAUCAAGCUACAACAGAUCUGCGACUUGGUGAAGGAUUGCGACGACAGCACGGACGAGCAGAAGCAAUGCGAUAAAAUGCCGUACGGUUCGUACUGCAACUUCGAGCAAGACAGCUGUGGAUUCGAGAAUGUUCCUCAGCCCAUCCUCAAAUGGUCACGACACAGUGGUCCAACACCAACGGACAAAACGGGUCCCAAUUUCGACCACACCUGCGGUCCACCCAGGGUCUAUACGACAGAGAAUCCCAUGGUACCACUAUCACCAGCUCAUAUGAACCAUACCCUGGCGUGUAUGGGUUACUACUUCUUUGUGAAUAUGAAUGUAACUGGACCUAACCAGGAAAGAGCUGACUUCGCGUCAACCGCUGUGAUGAAGACCACCAUCUUUAAUCCACCGCCAAAGGUCCAUGGCGAUAUUAACUCGAAGUAUUAUAACUGCUGUAUGGUACGCUUCUACUACCAGCAGAAUGGCCGUAACUACGGUUCCCUUAGCUUGGACGUGGUGGAACUCACCUCCAGAGGCAAUAUCACCACCUCCCUGUGGUUUUCCACCAAGGACAAGGGAGAGAACUGGUACAGGGCUGCCAUAUUCCUGCCGAAUAUUACUACCAGAUACUACUUCCUCUUCAAGACUCGUAUGGGUAUGCGCAUAUACUCGGACUCCGCGAUAGAUGACUUCUCCAUGGCCCCAGAGUGUUUCGGACUCAACAUAGACCCCGCCGAGCUGGGUGAAUACAACUACUAUGAUCCAAUAUUCGAGGAGAAGACAACACCGCACGAGGACUUCGCUGAUGCUAUGGUAUACCGUUUCACCCCAUGCGGCGCAGUCGGUAGGAUAGGACCGAAUCAGACGAUGUGCGACACGUUCUACCGCGAUACACCUGCUUCCGUCUCUGUCAUACAGAGCCCGCCGUACCAGGGCAUACAGAUAUGGGAGGUGCCGAGCGAGGGGUUAUAUACGAUCAUUGCAACGGGUGCGUCAGGAGGCCUAGGUUCCAUGUGGGCAGGGGUUUCCCACGGGGCACAAGCCCGUGGCCUCUUCGAGUUGCAUCGCGGCGAGAAACUGUAUAUGCUGCUCGGGCAACAGGGCCUGAAUGCUUGUAAGAAGACCCUAUCAGCUCAAGAGAGUCAAGAAUGCGCGCAUCGUCACAACACCACCACCCAAGUUUAUACCAGCAAGACCCAUGAGAUCAGGAAUACCCACGUCAACGAUGGCGGUGGCGGCGGAGGGGGAGGCACUUAUGUGUUCCUGGUGGACAAUGAUGGCAAUUCUGUACCGUUGGUUGUCGGCGGCGGAGGCGGUGGUCUGUCGGUCGGCAUCUUCAGAGAUGAUGGCUCUCAACACGGCCGGGGACGAACCAACGCGACUCCCGAAAGCGGAUACAUGUAUGGGGAGAUUGGACGGACUUCUGGUGCUGGUGGCGGUUGGAACGACCGCGUCGGUCCCACCACUCCCGGUUUUGAGGAGGUCCGUGGUAGCGCGCUGCGGGCGGGCGGGAAGGGCGGGCGGGCGUGCUGGGGCGGCGCCCACGGCGGGUUCGGCGGUGGUGGGGGUGGAUGUGUGAGAGGCGGCGCGGGCGGAGGAUGGCUUGGUGGCAACUCCAACGAGGGUGAGGGCUACCACGGCAGCGGCGGAUGGUCGUAUGUGGACGUGACGCGCGGCAUACCCGAGUUUGCCGACGUCGGCAUCGCGGCGCGCAACGGGCCCGGCGAGGUGCUCGUCAUACCGGCGCUACACAAAUGCGGCUGCUCGUACCGCUGCGUCGCGCUCAACGAAUACCGGAGUGAAGUGAGGUGUUACUGCCCCGCCGCGUGGACCGCCGACGACAAAGACCCCAAGAAGUGCAUACUGGAAGACAAAUUUCCAUCGCUGCGACUGGUCGUGAUCAUGAUGUCGGCUCUGCUGGUUUUCGUGGUCGUCCUAGUGCUGUGCUUCUUUCUGUAUCUAUAUAAUCGCUACCAGAAAAAGAAGGAAGCAGAACAGCACCAGAAGCGGCUACUCCAGCAGGAGGAUGUACUCCAGUUACACCGCCUCCGGAACGCCCCAGGUGGGGAUAACCCACUCGGCAUGGCCUUCAAUCCCCACUACGGCAGCGAGGGCUUUCUACCGCAAGGUUUCGAUGUGAGAGGACUUCCCAGAGUGGAGCGAGAGAAGCUGAAACUUAUAAAUACGAGCAGGCCGUUGGGGCAGGGCGCCUUUGGUGAGGUCUAUCAGGGCCUCUACAAACACCGCCCGGGUGAAGAGAUGCCUGUGGCCGUGAAGACCCUGCCAGAACUGUCCACCGGCCAGGCGGAGUCAGAUUUCCUCAUGGAGGCGGCGAUAAUGGCGAAAUUCAACCAUCCAAACAUCGUCCAUCUGAUUGGCGUGUGCUUUGAAAGACAUCCGAGGUAUAACGUAUAUAUAGUCCUAGAGCUGUUAGCUGGUGGCGAUCUCAAGAAAUUCCUUCGAGAAAGCCGGCCGAAGCCAGAGCGGGCUAGCGCUCUGACCAUGAAAGAUCUCAUACUGUGUUCCAUGGACAUCGCCAAGGGCUGCCGAUAUUUGGAGUCCAAGAGGUUUAUUCAUAGGGACAUAGCAGCGCGGAACUGCCUUCUUACCAGUCGGGGUCCAGGCAGAGUCGUUAAGAUAGCUGACUUCGGCAUGGCCAGAGAUAUUUACAGGUCGGACUACUAUAAAAAAGGGGGUAAGGCGAUGCUGCCGAUCAAGUGGAUGCCGCCAGAAGCGUAUAUUGACGGAGUUUUCACCUGCAAAACGGAUAUUUGGUCGUACGGCGUCCUACUGUGGGAGGUGUUCUCUAUGGGCGUGAUGCCUUACACCGGCUGCGCUAAUCGGGAGGUCAUGGAGCUGGUGUCGGGAGGGGGGAGACUGGACAAGCCGUUCGUCGGGUGCCCCAACGAGGUCUACCGUCUGAUGUGCGACUGCUGGAACCCGUCGCCGGACGAGCGUCCCAACUUCUCCAUGGUCUACGACCGCCUGCAGGGAUUCCUCCAGGACCCACAAAUUCUAGAAGCAUCUCUACCCAUAGUGAGGUCCUUCAUCGGUGGCUCCAGGAACGAGACUCCGAACGACUCCGUCGAAGCGCAGCGCUCGUCGGCGGGAGACUACCUCGUGCCGAAAUCUGCGCAGGACCCCGCGCCGGACGAUAGCCCAACGGAUCAGCCGGACCCUCAUAGCAAAUCGCAAGCGGCGGCGCCGGGCAAGGAAGUCGAGGAUUCACGAUUUCCACUUCUACUGAAAGCAUCACAAGACUAUGGCAACAUUCCAAUGGCGUCGCGUCGCGGCCCCGGCGAGGACUGUUCCGCUGCCUCCGCCGCGGUGAGGACCGCCAAGUUUCUGCCGUCUAAGUCUACCGACAGACUAAUCUGCUCAGUGGAAGGACCGUCAAUGGACGACGACAUAGCGACCAGCGUCGACGACAAACCCGUCAUCCGCGAGACCUCCUUCAUCGAGAAACCCAAAACCCCAGCCGUCGAGAAACACAAAACCCCAUCCAUGGAGAAACACAAAACCCCAUCGGUGGAGAAACCCAAAACCCCAUCGGUGGAGAAACACAAAACCCCAUCGGUGGAGAAACACAAAACCCCAUCCAUGGAGAAACACAAAACCCCAUCCGUGGAGAAACACAAAACCCCAUCCGUCGAGAAACAUAAAACCCCAUCUGUGGAGAAACCCAAGACACCCUCCGUGGAGGCCAAACGGAAGAAUUCUGCUGGACCAGUGGUUGAAAAACUAAUAAGCAUAACUCCAACAUCGCCCAAACCGCCGGAGAACGCGCUUUCAGAACCGGUGGUCAUAGACAAAACUAAUAAAACCUCCCUCGCUCCGGAACGGAAAGCCGCGCCUAUAGCCUCACCAGACCCACCACGAAUAAACGCAUGGAAUAAAGAAGUGAAAACACCAAAAUCAAAACCGUUCUGCCUAGAUGCUGCUCAACUGGAAGAGAAUUUAAACGAACUGAAAAAGAAUAGUGGUUCUGUGAAUUUAACGACCAUGAAUGCGAAAAUACUGCCUCCCUAUAUUAACGUGGUGACUCCAAACAAGCUAUCUGAGUCGAAAACGAUCCAGAUAGAUCCGAAGAAAGCGGUGAUCCACGAUCUACCGAAGGAAGAAGUUAAAGAGGAGAAAAAUAAGUUGAAGCAGUCGAAUUCAGCCGCUAGUCUAUUAAAUGGACCCCUAACUGACGUUCCGUAUGCUGACAGUGACAAUACCUCAUCGAGUUCCGGUGGACAGCCGAAUGGCAAAAACGGCAAUCGAAAUGGCAACGGAAACGGAGCCAAUCGGAACGGAAACGGACGAAAUAAUACCGGAAGCGGAGGCAACGGGAAACGGAACCAUAGAUACGAGGAGAUAACGAUCGAAACUGGAAAGUUUAAGAAACAGGGUAGCGGGGUCGGCGAUUCCGAGAUCAGUUGUUAAUGUCGUUGAAAAUUGUGUCAGUGCCGCCGUGGACAUUGUUUAGGGUUAUAUACAAGUUGUAAUAGACUAAGUGAUAAUAGUUUAGAGUACGUGUAUGUGUAUAAUAUAGAGUUGGCUGUGAAGCAACGAGCAAAAUUUUUUGUGGUUUGAAUAGCGUCAUGAAUUUUUCCAUACAAAAGUGAAAAAAAUUUUGCUCUU